CAUGUAAGCCUUUCAUUCGAUUUCUCUCCCACUUCUUUCAACGACGCUUCUUCGCCUUCUAAGCGCGGCUUGAUCCUUGCGGCUCGCCGUAGCUGUGUUGCCGUAGCGACGCUAGUGGCACGGCCUGGUCCGGAAAAGCUGCACGGAGAAGCCUUGGCAACUUAUCCGAGAGUUAAAACAACAGCAAAUAUUUCACAGACGUUCCUGGAGCCGCAAUGUCCUUCCGCGACCUCCGGAAUUUUACAGAGAUGAUGAGGGCUCUGGGCUAUCCCCGGCUCAUCUCGGUGGAGAAUUUUCGCACUCCAAACUUCAUGCUGGUUUCAGAGAUACUCCUUUGGCUGGUGAAAAGAUAUGAACCUCAGACUGAUAUUCCUUCAGAUGUUGGGACGGAGCAAGACCGAGUUUUUUUCAUUAAGGCAGUUGCUCAAUUUAUGGCAACAAAGGCUCACAUAAAGCUCAACACCAAGAAGCUCUACCAAGCAGACGGCUAUGCAGUGAAGGAGCUCUUAAAGAUCACCUCUGUGCUUUACAAUGCUAUGAAGACCAAAGGGAUGGAAGCCACUGCUGUGGGUGAAGAAGACCCCGGCAAAUUCAAAUUUGACCUUGGCUCAAAAAUUGGAGAUUUGAAGACGGCCAGGCAGCUUGCUUCAGAAAUUACUUCCAAAGGAGCAUCUCUGUAUGAUUUACUGGGCAAAGAAGUGGAACUGAGGGAAAUGAGAACAGAAGCAAUUGCCAGACCUCUGGAGAUAAAUGAGACUGAAAAGGUGAUGAGAGUUGCCAUCAAAGACAUUUUGGAGCAAGUCCAGAAAACCAAAGAGAUGUUGAGCAACGUGGCAUCAGAUGAAGCCAGUUUGGAGGCCAAGAUUGAAAAGAGGAAAUCGGAGCUGGAAAGAAACCACAAGCGGCUACAGACCCUUCAGAGCGUCCGCCCAGCUUUUAUGGAUGAAUAUGAGAAGAUUGAGGAGGAACUGCAGAAGCAAUAUAGCUGUUACCUGGAGAAAUUUCGUAACCUUACCCAUCUGGAACAGCAGCUGGAUGACCAGCACCGAAUGGAACAGGAAAGGUUUGAGGAAGCAGAGAACACUUUGCGUUUGAUGCAGAACAAGCUGAAGGAGGAAGAGAAACGCUUGUUGAAGACUGCAAGUCAUGACGACUCAGACAUGGAGAUCCACGAGGAUGAGGGAUCCGACAGCGAGAUGGAAGGCAGGCAACUGAUGAAGCAGCAUACAGCCAUGGAGAUGCUGAUGCAAGGGAGACCAAACAAGCGGAUUGUAGGAACAAUGCAAGGGGGAGACACAGAGGAUGACGAAGACACUGAAGACAGUGAAAUUGAUCUGGACGACGAUGACGACGACGACGACUUGGAAGAUGACAGCAUGGAUCUCUCUCCCAACAAGGCCAGCCGGAGGGUGAGGAAGCCGGAGCCCCUGGAGGAGAGCGACAACGACUUCUGAGUAGCUGUGACGCCCCCACAGCAAAUCUUGAGGAGCACAGAGAGGCGAAAAGGCUGACACACACCACCCUCUUGGACAGGAUGUUCUCUAGAGUAAAGGCAACUUUGAUAGCAGUGAAAAGAGCACCACAGAAGUAACACAUGGUGGAACUCUUAAGCAGCUCAGCUCGUUUGCUGUGGUCUGUUCACGUGCAAGUGCAGUCAGGGAUACUUACAGCGUUCAGGCGCUGCCUCACUCGAUAGUGCCGAAGAUUUUAAGACUUCCAGCGACACACCUUCAAAUGAACAACUUCCGCAGAUGAAGACUGAAUCCUGAACUGACAUCUCAAGGGCCCCGCUGUCCUUGACAGAAGAAAAGGAACUCCUCCUUGUGUCGGGGACAAAGGUACGUUGCAGCCCCAACACCUCAGACAGAGCAAAUAUUUCCAUCACCAGUUGAGCAAUACUGAUAAAGGCGGCCAGCAA